UCGAGCGAGCGAGACUGGACGGCGAGGAGGUGUCGUAUCCCCCGGAAUUUCCCGCUUCCUGGGUAUCGAGGGCUCGGCGGCGAUGGAGGCGGAGAUGCGGCGCUGCCUGCUGGCCUCUCUCCUACAGCUGCUCUUGCUACUGCUGCCUCCGCCGGGCGCCUCGGCUUUCGCCACCGCCUUGGACAGCGACUUUACUUUCACCCUGCCCGCCGGCCGCAAGGAGUGCUUCUUCCAGACCAUGCAGAAGGAGGCCUCUCUGGAGAUCGAGUAUCAGGUUCUCGAUGGAGCAGGUUUAGAUAUUGAUUUCCAUCUAUUAUCACCAAAAGGUGAAGCACUAGUUUUUGAACAGAGAAAAUCGGAUGGAGUCCAUACGGUGGAGACAGAGGAUGGUGACUAUAUGUUCUGCUUUGACAACACAUUCAGCACUCUGUCAGAUAAGGUGAUUUUCUUUGAACUGAUACUGGAUAACAUGGGAGAUGAAGAGGAAGAUUGGAAGAAGUAUAUCAUUGGCACAGAUCUUCUGGAUAUGAAGCUAGAAGAUAUUCUGGAAUCGGUCAACAGCGUGAAGUCCAGGCUAAGCAAAAGUAUCCAUAUUCAGACCCUGCUCAAAGCAUUUGAAGCUCGUGAUAGAAACAUACAAGAAAGCAACUUUGACCGGGUAAACUUCUGGUCCAUGGUCAACCUGGCAAUAAUGGUGGUGGUGUCAGCUGUUCAAGUUUACAUGCUGAAGAGUCUUUUUGAAGAUAAAAGGAAAACUAGAACUUAACACCAGUGUCUUAACAGCAUUAAACAGGGGGAAAUGCAAUACACUGCUAAAGAAAAAGAUCAACGUUUCUUCCCAGCUUGUUUUGAAUGAACAGUUUUUAACAUUCGUGACUUUUUAAUAUGAGCAGAAUGCUUUUCUUUGCUCCCAUAAAUUGCAGUAACUUGGUUUAUUAAGAUGGUGGAUAACUUAAAACUUGCCUGAAUCUCCUCAGCCAUCUAUACUGCACAAUUUUUUUUUGAAACAAAUUCAGAUUUUAUAUUUUCCAAUACUUGAUACUAUGUCUUAAUGACUGCUAGCCUAAAGGUAAUAUUUUAAAAAGAAAAAAGAUUCAUGAAGUUAUGAAUUGAAUUGUGUAUUCAGUAUUUGAGUCCUGCCUUGGAUAUGUCAGUUAAAUGGAAUAUUUGCUACAGCAAGCUAUGCUGUUAUUUAAGACAGUGUUUUUCAGUGGGUGUAAGUGAAGACUCUAGUGCCUUAUUUGUACUAAUUAACAAACUUAUUCAACAAAAAUUAACUGGCAUCUAAAACGUAAUAUUGCUUCCAAAUUCUUUAAUUUUCCUCACUUCGUGAAUUAAUUUUAAGUUCAAAUCAGGGUUUGUUUGUUUGUUGUAGCUAGUCUUCAUCAUUCAAAACUGCAAAAACACAAACUCAAGAGUGCUAUAAGGCAUCAGCUUUUUCCUCUGGAUUAUUUAUGUAACACAAACCCUGCAAGUGCCUAGGCAUAUUAGCAACCAGUUUUGAGACCAUGUAGUCACUUACAUGCAUACAUGUUUUUAAAAGAACUUAUUAUACCCAAUUUGGGGGACUUCGUGAAUCGCUUUUAUUCUACCACACAAAUUAAUAACAUUUGAGUUUUUUUAUACACAGGCACAUCUAAUGUGUUUCGAACCAGGUUUACUAUAAUAGCACAUUCCCCUCAUACACCAGAGGGGUGGUCAACCUGUUGCUUUGCCAAUGUCUCACUUCCAUUAGCCACAGCCAGUAUAUCCCAUUGUUAGGGAUAACAGGAGUUGUCAUUCAGCAACAUUUAGAAGGCCGCUUCUGCCCUAGAUACUGUCGUUCUGAAUAUGUGAGAGAGAAUGCUCCAAUUUUCAUGGUUACUGGGUAGCUGAAAUUGACUUACAGCUAAAAGCCCAGUUUCCUUUAUUGUGAUUUUUU